GAAGCGGUAAAAAUGUGUGGACUGACCACAACACACACGCCAUUGAUCCAUUCCAGGGAUUUAAACCCACCUCGCAGGUCAUUCACAACAGUUUCUUUCUCUCCAACACUAUCACAAAAUGCCUGCUACAGGACGUAACUCAAAGCCUGUCGAAUGCACUGUCUGCCGCAAGGUUAUUAGCCGCAAGGCCGAUCUUCCUAGACACAUGCGUACUCACGCUGAAAACAAGGAGGCCCUUAUGCACGCAUGUCCAUAUGAUGGCUGCGACUACAAGACCCUCCAGAAGUCUAACGUCCAAACGCACAUCAGGACGCACACCCGUGAACGCUCGAAGACGUGCCCUCACCCCGAGUGCCCCUUUUCCACCACCGACCCAGGCAGCCUGACGCGUCACCGCAAGUCAGAACACGGCUACAAGCCCAAAGCGCGUCGCAUUCCUGACGACAAAGCUGCUCGAAAGGACGCCGCCGCACCUUAUCCAACCACGCGAAUUGCGAAACCAGAGGUCUCAUGCCCGGCGGUGCGCUCUCGCCAUCCGAGUCCAGCGACUCCCAAUUCUCGGGCGAGUUCACGGUACUCACCUUGGACCGACUCGUCCCCAAUCUCUCUGCGGAGAAGUCCAUCUCCAUAUGUGGUCAGCCCUCUCAGCUCCCCGUUCCCACCCCGAACUACUUCCAACCUUCAACCGUCCCCACCGAUCUCUCCACUGUCCGCAUCGACCCGCAGUUACUCUCCGAUACCGCGCGGCCGCACGUUCACGAUUUCGGAUUACUGUCUCAGUCCCAGCCCAUCUCCUAUGAGGACUUACAGCUCGUCUCCAGAACCGAUGUGAACAACAAAUUACCAGUUGAAUUGGAGGAGCUUUUACAGAAAUAUGGCUCGGGGUCCUUUGAAGGCCACUGCGAAUACCCUAAAAAUGCACCGUAUUUGAUGGCAGAGCCCUCGUUUACAAACGGACACAACCAUUAUAAUUGCAGGUGGAACUUGGAAUUAUCAUUAUUGGGCAUUUAUUUAUAUCACACCACUUGCAUCUUUUGUACAUACUAUCACCUUGAAAUCACAAGAUGUACCAGCGUACACGAAUCUCAUGACUAUAAAUUAAUAUGUUCUUUUUGAACCUGAA